AUGAGUCAUACGGAAUCCCAUGUUUACAAAGCUGCGCACCACCGCAUCCUGCAAAAGAAUGAAUUUCAGGAUUUCUUACUGAAAGAAACCAAAAGACAUUUAGUCGCCCUGACAAAGUCAGACGGACCAAGUUGGCUUACAAAUUACCUGGAAAUAGAGAAAGCCAUUGUCAAAGGAAUGACCUCAAGACUUUGUGCUAUGUUACAGAUGGAUACAGAGACUGAAGAUAAAAUGCUUCAUACUCGUGCUAAAGGGACUAAGGGUUUUGAUUUUUGUGUUACCUGGCUUAGUGGCUUCCACACUAAACUCACUUCAAGUAAAAUGAUUGUGUUUGGUUUUGACCGUCCCUGCUGGGAGUUUUCUGCAGCUAUGCAAAUACCAAUGGAGUCCUUAAUUCAGGAGCUCAGUGCUGCAUAUGAUUGCUCCCUGGGAAGAAAGAGGAGAGGUGAGGAGCAGGCUCUGGGUGUUCCGGUCAACAAAAGGAAAUCACUGCUAAUGAAGCCCCGUCACUACAGCCCCAACAUGGGCUGCAAGGAAGAGAAUGAGGAAAGGAUCCAGGCUGAGGAGGACAAUCAUCUCUUGCAAACAGAUGACCACUCCAUUGCAGAAGAAAUCAUGAUAAAACCUAUGGAUGGCACUCUUUAUUCAGCUGCACAAGAAAACUCCAACAGAAAAGAAAACAAAUAUGCUAGCUACCGAGAACUCGUGGUCAAAUCUUUAAUGCACUUGGGAAAAUUAGAAAAUGAAGCAUCUAUGCAGAGUGUGAGUGAAACCUUAAAUGACAGCGGCAUCCAGUCUUUAAAAACAGAGAGUGACGAGGUAGACGACUGUUUUCUGUUUCAUUCUGAUGAUGGAAAAGACAGACUCAAGGACCCCCAGCUCCAGUACUGCUCAUCUGAUGACAGCGAAAGUAACUCAGAAAGCACAGAGAAUGGUUGGGAGAGUGGCUCCAAUUUCUCAGAAGAAUCCAAAACACGUAGAAUCUCCAAGUAUAUUUUAGUGGAUGAUAAAAAAGACUCAUUGGAAGUUCCAGAAAUAAAAGCAGAAGGUGAAAAUUUUAUCCCUUGUAAAAACAUGCCUGAUCCGGAAGUGGAAAGGAAAGACCCUCCGAAGUCUCACGUGGAACCCCUGGAUGGCCAAGCCCAGCCUCCCUUUCCAGAGCAUGAGGAAGAUCAUCAAGAGUGCCUGUCCAAUAUGAUCCAGGAGACUAGGGACCUGGAAAAAGCCCAGGGCAACUUAAAUUUGCUGGAGCAAGCUAUUGCAUUACAGGCAGAGCGCAGCCGCGUAUGCCAUAACUCUUACAAAGACCUGGAUCGGUUCCUUCUGGAGCACCUGGCUGGGGAAAGGAGGCAAGCCAAAGUUAUUGACCUGGGUGGAAGACAAAUCUAUAACAGCAAACACUCACCAAGGCCUGACAAGAGGGAGACAAAGUGCCCCAUCCCGGGGUGCGAUGGCACUGGGCAUGUGACUGGGCUCUACCCGCACCACCGCAGCCUCUCAGGCUGCCCCCACAAAGUGCGGGUCCCCCUGGAAAUUCUUGCCAUGCACGAAAAUGUCCUCAAGUGUCCCACCCCAGGCUGCACAGGACGAGGCCACGUGAACAGCAAUCGUAACACCCACCGAAGUCUUUCUGGUUGUCCAAUUGCUGCAGCUGAAAAAUUGACAAUGUCCCAGGAUAAAAAUCAGCUUGAUUCUCCCAAAAGCGGGCAGUGUCCUGACCAAGUUCACAGGGCGAGUUUAGUGAAGCAAAUUGAAUUCAACUUUCGAUCACAAGCCAUAACCUCUCCCAGAGCCACUGUUUCAAAAGAACAAGAGAAGUUUGGAAAAGUACCAUUUGAUUAUGCCAGCUUUGAUGCCCAGGUUUUUGGCAAGCGCCCCCUCCUGCAAACAGGCCAAGGACAAAAAACACCACCAUUUCCUGAAUCAAAGCAUUUUUUAAACUCAGUGAAAUUUCCAAGCCGACUGCCUAGCACAGGCGCCCACACACAGAGCCCUUGCCGUGCCAGCUCUUACAGCUACGGUCAGUGUAGUGAAGACACCCACAUAGCAGCAGCUGCUGCCAUCCUGAACCUUUCCACCCGCUGCAGGGAAGCUGCUGAGAUCCUCUCCAACAAACCACAGAGUCUGUCUGCCAAGGGAGCUGAGAUAGAAGUGGAUGAAAAUGGCACAUUGGAUUUAAGCAUGAAAAAAAAUCGAAUCCUGGACAAGGCUGUACCCCUAACUUCCUCCAGCAGUUCCAUUCCAACUCCUUCCUCUUCCCCAUUCAAAACAAGCAGCCUUUUGGUCAAUGCAGCAUUCUAUCAAGCGCUCUGUGACCAAGAGGGCUGGGAUACUCCUAUCAACUAUAGCAAAGCCCAUGGGAAGACAGAGGAGGAGAAAGAGAAGGACACAGUGAACUCUCCAGAAAAUUUAGAGGAAAAAAAGUUUACUGGAGAGGCCUCCAUACCAAGUCCUAAACCCAAGCUCCAUGCAAGAGAUCUCAAAAAAGAACUUAUCACCUGCCCAACCCCAGGGUGUGAUGGAAGUGGUCAUGUGACAGGAAACUAUGCAUCUCAUCGCAGUGUUUCUGGAUGUCCUUUAGCAGAUAAGACUCUAAAAUCUCUCAUGGCUGCUAACUCUCAGGAGCUAAAGUGCCCAACCCCAGGCUGUGAUGGAUCAGGCCAUGUGACCGGAAACUACGCUUCCCACAGAAGCUUGUCUGGCUGCCCUCGUGCCAGGAAAGGUGGUGUCAAAAUGACCCCUACUAAGGAUGAAAAAGAAGACCUUGAACUUAAGUGUCCUGUGAUAGGCUGUGAUAGCCAAGGUCACAUCUCAGGUAAAUACACCUCCCACCGCACGGCUUCCGGUUGUCCCCUGGCUGCCAAGAGACAGAAGGAGACUCCUCUCAAUGGGGCUUCCCUCGCCUGGAAACUCAACAAACAAGAACUGCCCCAUUGCCCCCUGCCUGGCUGUAAUGGCCUGGGACAUGUGAAUAAUGUUUUUGUCACCCACAGAAGCUUAUCUGGAUGUCCUCUAAAUGCACAAGCCAUCAAAAAGGGCAAAGUCUCUGAAGAACUCAUGACCAUCAAGCUCAAAGCGACUGGGGGUAUAGAGAGUGAUGAAGAAAUUAGGCACCUGGAUGAAGAAAUAAAGGAGCUAAAUGAAUCCAAUCUUAAAAUUGAAGCAGAUAUGAUGAAACUUCAGACCCAGAUCACAUCUAUGGAGACCAACUUGAAGACCAUAGAGGAAGAGAAUAAACUUAUUGAACAGAACAAUGAGAGCUUGUUGAAGGAGCUGGCUGGCCUGAGCCAAGCCCUCAUCUCUAGCCUUGCUGACAUCCAACUCCCACAGAUGGGGCCUAUCAGUGAGCAGAAUUUUGAAGCAUAUGUAAAUACACUUACAGACAUGUACAGCAAUCUGGAGCGGGACUAUUCCCCAGAAUGCAAAGCUCUACUGGAAAGUAUCAAACAGGCAGUGAAGGGCAUCCACGUGUAGGAUCAUGACACUACUGGCAACAGAAGUCUCCAACAGCGGUAAUGCCACGUGUGGUAGGGGUUCCUGUACUGCUCAAGCAUGCAGGUUGCUGUACUGCACUUACAAUUGCAACAUUGCACUAAUUUUUCCUCCAGCUGAUAUAAACAGGAAAGAAAAACUAUGAUAGACUAUUUGGGUUCAAAGCAAUGCAGUCGAAUAUUAGAUCUUAUUUAUUUUCAUACAUUUUUCCUUUAUUUCUUCAUUGUACUCUUUGGGGUUUUUUUUGUAAAGCCUAUGUAAAAUACAUGUGACAUUUUAUAUUUUAUUUAUUUCUAAUCAAAGAGUUAUUUAUCUUUUAACUGCAUUGCAAAAUCUACCAUAUUUUUUACAAAUGUGUUUAUUAAUUUAUUUUCCAAUGGAGUUUAAAUAGUAAUGCUAUUCUGAAACCAUAUAUUUUGCUGGGUCUAUGGAGGAAACAAAAAGUGAGGAGGAAAUUUUUGUCUAAGGACUGCGCUAUGGUCUCUAUGAUAUUUGCAUUUUUUUUCUCCCCCUUUCACUGGCUUUCCUAUUUAUAAUGUUUGCUGUGAUGUGAGAAGUGAGGAAGAAGGAACAAGAAGACAAAUUGUGCCCACUAGUGGGAAUCCCACACUCACAAAAAGCACA